AAGAUGACAACAGUGAACAACAAGAGCAAGAAACUAUCGUAAUUAAUGUGAAUGAAAAACCUUUUGAAGUAAAAUAUCCAGAAAUGAUUUAUGAUGAGGAAAACAAAGACGAAAGACGAAAUACGCAUGAGGUGGAAGAACAUAGUGAUGAGAAAGGAAAAAAAAUUAAUGAUAAAAGUUGUCAAUGUUCAAGUUGUCAACAUGGAUUGACGCCAAGUCUUCGUUCUGAUUUACGUGGUCUCGAAAAAUACUUACACUCUGCAAGAUUAUUACGUGAAGUUGCUUUAUUUGCCGGAACACGUAACGUAACCGACAAACUCCGUCAUAAUGAAGAAUCCGCGCAGAAAUUCGACGAAUGCUUCUCGGAAUUCACAGUAAUUGCCGAUGAUCCGAACGUGAAGCCUCUUUGGCGAGGAACUAGAACACAAUGUGAAUAUGAAGAAAAAGAGAGUCCUUGCGAUCCUUCUGCUGUUCUGUGCUGUAGUUCUUGUAAAUCGAUAAAUGAUGAUGAAAUAGGCAAAAACAGACAAAACAACGACAAAAGAAUCUAUUUGUCCACAAAUUCAUCACAUUGCUUCUCUUUCUCGAAAUUUGAAAAAGACGAGAUCAACUCGAGCCACUCCACCGUCACCAUACAACUUUGUUUCGUCGCACUCGGAAAAUCUCACACAUUCGACUCUGCACUCGACGAUUUUAAAGAACUUUCCGAUGCGCCGCCGUAUCCUUGUCACUCAGUCUAUCGUCAGAAAAAGGAUUUUGGCGAGUUUAUCACGUAUCGUUGGGACGCAAUUAUACCAUUUGUGAAUAUUUCAUAUAGAAUGACUCAAUGGUAA